AUGGCGGCGACGACGGCAGCAGCUGCGGCGGCGGCGGUGUCGGUGGUGUCGGGGACGACGCGGUGGUGCCCGACGCCGGAGCAGCUCAUGAUCCUGGAGGAGAUGUACCGGGGCGGCCUGCGCACGCCCAACUCCACACAGAUCCAGCAGAUCACGGCGCACCUCGCCCACUACGGCCGCAUCGAGGGCAAGAACGUCUUCUACUGGUUCCAGAACCACAAGGCCCGCGACCGCCAGAAGCUCCGCAGGCGCCUCUGCAUGAGCCACCACCUCCUCUCCUGCGCUCACUACUACGCCGCGGCCAACGCCGGCCACCAUCACCACCUCCUUGGCGCCGUGGCUCCCAUGCAGCAGCAGCACCAGCCGCAGUACUACUCCGCGUCCUGCGCCGGCGGCGGGUUCGACCAGCACCUGCUCCCCGCCGCAGUUCCGGCCCCGGCGUCUUACGCCGCUGCUGGGUACGGCUACCCGGCGUUCGCUGCGGCCGCAGCGCCCACGACGAGCCGCUGUGCCCCCGGCGUCAACCCCUCGCCGCCCAACCCACUUUCGUCGACGUCCUCCUUCAGCUACCAGGGAGGAAGCGGAUCGCCGGAGUACUCGCUGGGUAGGCUGGGAAGCUUCGGGGUGGUGGUGGAGGAGGACACGUGCCGGUCGUCGCGCUACGAGCAGCAGCUGCCGGUGCAGAUGGAAGACGCCGCGCCGGCGGCGACGGGGAUGUUCUGCAGGCCGCUCAAGACGCUCGACCUCUUCCCCGGCGCGAUCAAGGAGGAGCAACGCGACGUCGUCUAG